AUGAGCAACCACACCCCAGAAGAUCCGGCGACAUCUGCCUUGCCCACCUAUACAAUCCUCCGAGACACAGCGCUCAAUUUCAUCAGAGCCCAAACACUCGACACGAAUUCUCCAGAACGCAUGGACUUCGAUCUCAUGCGUACCUACUGCGCCCCUUCUUUCGAACACUCGUGGGGCCAUAAUUACUCCGUCUCUCUCACCCCGCCUCUCCAAGGCACACAUUCUCUCGACGGCUUCUUCUCCCAUCUACGAUCCAUGCUUCCUAGACUUGAAUCCUGGAAAUCCAAUGUCACAGACGUCAUUGUCGACCCGAUCAAGAUGAAGGUCGUCCUGCGGAUCAGCUUCAUGAUGCAGGCGAAAGGGGCGACGGAGGGGCAGAUAGUGGAGAAUGAUUUGCUGUGGAUGAUGGAGAUGGAGGAAAUGGGUAGCGGGAAAGUGGGCAUCAAGAAGAGUAUGGAGUUUUUGGAUGGUGCGGCGGCGGGCAAGCUGAGGGAGAUUAUGAUGGGGAUAGCGUAG